AUGUGGUAUCUGCGGUACUGUGGCGUGUUUCGCGAGAAGAGCACACUCGGCGGAAUGCGGCUUAGCGUGUGUCUCGGUGUGCUGGUCGUGUUUAUGGUGCUGCAGUCGAUCUACAUAUUCCAGCACGUGAAUCACUUCGCGAUGAUCUGCGACGCCAUCCCGACGCUGGUCGUCUGCAUGGUGGCCAUUUCGAAGUUCUACAUCUUCGUGUUCCGGCCGGCCGCCAUGUUCGCGCUGAUUGAUUCGUUCAAAGCGUUGCAGCGGCGUGCGACCGCACACGAUUUGCUGCUCUUUCGCCGGAGUGGAAAGUUUCACGCCCAGCUGACGAAAAUCUACAUGACAUCGGCACUGAUUGUCGGCUGGUUCUACAUACUAAGUGCCGUGGCGACGGGCAUCAGCCGGUCGCUGUCGGAGGGCCGCGUACAGUUCGUGGCACCGAUGGCGUACGUGUACCGCGCAGGACGCAAGACGUCGGAACAGAUUUCCAUCUUCCCGCACAACUAUCAGCAUCCGCUUAUGUUUGCGCUAACGUUCCUGUUCAACUGUGACUCCAUCCACAUGAGCAUCUUCAUUAGCGGAAGUGUCGAUACGUGCUUCUCCGAGCUGGCGACGAGCGUUACGAUCCACUUUCGGCUCAUCCAACGACGGUUCCGGGCGCUUGACUUUACCGCCGGCGCCGACGAAGCCGAGCUGGAAGCCGUUGUGGCGUACCAUAAGGAUGUGCUGCAGUUGUGUCUGGCCAUGACGAACCUCUUCCAGUACACCGUGUUCUACUUGCUUCUGCUAGACUCGGUGCUGCUGUGCGUUAUUGGCUAUCAAUUUGUGAUAUUCAUGAACACGCCGCGCGUCCUCAUGCUCGCGUCGAUGGCGUUCGUUAUGGUGCUGCAGGCGGUCAUAUACUGCUACCACGGUUCCAUGAUGUACGACGAGAGCUUGAAGGUGGCGGACGCGAUUUAUCAGAGCAAUUGGUACGAGGCUCGGCCGGCCGUACAGAAACGGUUGCGAUUAUGCAUGAUGCGAGCCCAGAAGCCCAUCGUCACCAAAGGUGGCUUCAUGAAGGCAACGUUGCCCACGCUCAAGAAGAUUUUAAACUCAACGGGAUCAUACAUCACCAUGCUGCUCUCCUUAGAAACAGAGCAGCAGCAGUAGAAGGCUCACCUAGCGAGAGAGAGAGAGAGAGCGAGAAAGCUCGCAACACCUGGCCACAGAGUGGGCCAAUUACAUGUACCCUCCCAGCACAAGGCACGUUAUUAUGGGUGGCAAAGCUUGCAUCAUUUAACAGCAUUUCGUGCCUAUCGUACAGCAGAGCUAGUGCUGCUGCUGCUGUUGAUAUGCACACCUUGCCGUAGAGGCCUUCACCGGGUGGAGAAAUGUAAACAUUUCGUAACAAAUGAUUGUAACCUGCCUUCUCGUUAGUUACUUGAUUAAAGCUCGCUUUCACACACACACGCACAGAGAGCUCACGUUGAAUGUAGAACUUUCCACUGAACGGUCCAUAAUAAAUGAUAUGCAUUUGAAAAAGUUGUUCAGAUGGUGUUAAAGUGCGAUUGAGAUAUUGCUUCACUUGGGGUACAAACGUCAGGGCACAGCACCA